UUUAUUUGUGAUGAAUGACUAAUAAUUUAUUGUUUAUAAUCCUAAUUUAUCAAAAUAUUAAUCACAUCUAUCAUAAAAAAAAAACAUGGUUGAAUUUUUCACGCAUGAGGUGGCUCGUAGUUAGUUGAUCAGUCUUCCAAAUUAAAUUUAGGAUUAAUAAAUCUAAUUUUCAACUGGAUAUGGGGAAUUCCUAAUAAGUAUAAUUUUUCUUUGUUUUUUGACAUGAAAAACGAAGUCAUGGGAACAAGAAUCAAGAAAAACCCUCAUCUUAUUUUUGAAGUUUUCUGUGAAAUCGGAAUUCCUCCUGAAUCGAAUAGAGAACCAUGGAUAACAUGGAAGUAUCCUUACAACUAUAAGCACAAUGAAAUUCUGAAGUCUCUUCCUGGUUUUGCUUAUCCUUGUGAAUUCAACAAUAUUGCUGUGCAACAUUUUUCCUUUGUUCUAACCAACAUUGACAGCCAGUGGACAUUUGGGUUUUGUCGACAUGCUUCUAAUUCUUCCACUUGCUAUGUCAUGCUCAGUUAUUUACCUUGGCAUGAAGUUUUUUAUAAAAUUUUAAAUCAUGUAGCUGAAUUAACAAAUAAACAAGAGGCAUCAAAAUCUAAAGAACUGCAUCUAUUCUUAGAAAACUUAUACAAUUCCCAAAUACCUGAAUCUGGUUUAGAGCUCAGGGUGAUAUCAGCUAAAAAUGAGGAUUUUAUUACUGUCAGCCCUGAUAAAGAGAAAUUACCCAGCAUUCCUGAAAACAGAAAUAUGACAGAGUAUUUUAAUGCAGUUGAUGCCCAGAAUAUGAUGGUAAUCUUUGCUAGCAUGUUACAUGAGAGGAGAAUAUUAAUUUCAUCCAAAAAACUUAGUCGAUUGAGUGCCUGUGUCCAAGCAGCAAAUGCUCUCAUCUAUCCUAUGCAUUGGCAACAUAUAUUUAUUCCUGUUUUGCCAAAGCAUCUUUCAGAUUAUUUGAGUGCACCGAUGCCUUUUUUAAUUGGGAUACCUGCUACAACCUUGUCUAGAAUGAAAAUGACAGACAUGGGGGAUAUAGUUUAUCUGGAUGCUGAUGAAAAUAAAAUAGAAACACCUUUUGCUGACCUUGAUGCCUUACCAUCUGAAGUUUUGCAGUCUCUUCGACAUGAUUUGAAGCAUCCUCACGAAAUGCUGGGGGAUGCUGUCGCUAGAGCCUUUCUCAAAGCUCUGGUGAAGCUUAUUGGUGGUUACUGGAAUGCUUUGAAGUUGAGACCAACUGAAAAAAUCACUUUUAGUCCGGAAUUGUUUGUUCAAAGCAGACCAUCUGCAAUGCAACCUUUCUUACAAAAAAUGCUUGAGUUACAAAUCUUUCAACAAUUUAUUGAUAGCAGGCUAAAGAAAUUAAACUCAGGACAAGGUGUAAAUGAUGAAUUUGAGUUUGAAUUGACAGCACACGAAGACAAAGCAAGCUUCCGUCUACGAAAUCAAUAUCGUGAUUGGGUUUCCACUAUGAAAAAAGAAGGGGGUGCCUUUUUCAAGAUCAUGAAAACAAAGGUAAAAGAUACAUCGAAAAAAGCUUAUAAGGAUAUUAGAUCUCGAAUUCAUGAUAUUCAUAAUCAUACUAUGAUACCUGAUGAAGCUCCAGAAGUUCCUCAACGCCGGGGCAGUGUUCCAACAUCUUUUAAUGGUGUUCAUUCACAUCACAAAAAGCAUUCAGUGAAAAAUACUUACCGGAAAGAAUCUCUGACCCACACAAAUUCAUCAGAUAAACAAAGCAAUCUAAAUUCUGUGUCCACUAAUGAUACAUUAACUCCUAUGUCACCACUACGGCGAAGCGUUCUCGAUAGUCCGCAGCUAACAUUCCAGCCAAUAGAUGUAGAUCUAAUGGGUGAUUUACAUGAAGUUAUAUUCCGAAGUUGCACUUUAUGUAGCAAUCAUAGAACUAGCAUAUCUGACCCACAGCUUAUUGAUCUAUCGCUUGAAGACAAUUCACCGUGUGGACCUGAUUGUGUAGCAUCCCCUUUAAGAAAAUCAGAUUCAUCCAGUUCUUCUGAUCCACCUCCCCCACCACUGUUACCAAGACCCCCAAACUAUAAGAACAAAUCUUUUGAUACCCCUUCUAGAGGGAAUCAUGAACUUCUUAUUGAAUUAGAAACAGAUAUCUGCAAUUCAAACGACAUUAAUAUAUUUUCAAGCAAUUCACAUUCAGAUUCCACUUUAAACGCCACAAACUUUUCAGCGCUAUCCCCGCUAACUUCUAGCCAGCCCCUGUUUAUACCGAAAAGUCCUGUAAAUACCAAUCCUUUUGUCCAGUACGUGCCUGAUGUUUGCUAUCCGAGCAAUCAACCUACACUCAGCAAAAGUGCGUCUGGGUCCAAUGUAAAAAAUAUGGUUAGUAUGUUUCAGUCUGUGACACCACCAAACGAAGGAAAUUCUUAUCUCUCCACCAACUCAGAGAGACUUAAGACUAAUAACUCCACCCAAUCUGUGUUUAAAACUCCGGUGUCGCGGACAUUUUCAACUCCGCAAUCUUCAAAUUCCGGUGUAGCUAAUCAACCAGUUUCUAUGAUCCGUUUAAAAUCUGCUUCGAAAGUGUCAACCAAUCCGUUUGUGGUCGCUGAUAACAAACAUAAUUUUAUAAAAGAUAACAAACACGUGGGUGGCAAUUCUAUGUCUUCUGCAUGGGAAAAUUUUCAGUAGGGAAAAAAUUUAGAAGUAUAAUUUUGUGUUUUACUGCAAGGUUUAUAAAUAAUCUCCAUUAAUAUUAUUUAUUGCAUUAUACUCUUUUUCUUUCUGUGAAAAAAAUGAAUUAAAUUAAUUCUGUCAUUCUUUAUUGGCAGUUUUAAUUUUAUUUUUCUAAUGGUUGUUGUAUUAACUGGAACAGAAUGGAAUUUUAUAUUAUCCUUAUUAAAAACAAGCAUUUAUUCAUUCUUUAUGUAUUUUUAGACAUUUUUUUCUGAAAACUUUAAAUAUGUAUUUGUAGUAACUUCCUUAACUACUUACUCCAUAUCUCAGUUAAUUAAUAGUAUAACCUUUGGACACAGAAUUUUAUUCAACAUACUUUUUAUUAUUUUGUAUUAAUUUAGGUCCGAAUAAGUGAAAAGUAUUAUAAUUAGCAUUUUAAUAAUUUAUGGUUAUAAAAUAGUGCAUAAAACACUUUUCUUUUUUGCAUAAAAGGUAAAAUCUCUCAAAAAUGGAUUACUUCCAAGCAAUCAUUUUUCAAAUUUGCAGUUAUUUAGAUAUAAGAAAAAC